AUGCCGGACGGGAAGGAAAAAGCUCUGGAGGAACCAGAAGGACCUGAGCUGCGUUGGGUCCUGGCCGAGGUGGACAUCCCCCAAGAGCCAAACCCACCAGCGCGACGCAAGAGUCAACGUCAACGCGGGGUCGAAGAACCACGCAACGACGCCCAUGGACGCCCAUCACCGAGGAAGGGUGGGCGGCUCCAACCUCGCCGCGGGAAACGUUCACCGAAGAAACCUUCUGGUGGUGGCACGAGCGCGGUGACCCCCGAGGCCCCCUACGCGUGUCCCGACUGCGGGAAGCUCUUCAGCCGAAGGUCCUCCCUCAUCCCCCACCAACGUAUCCACACCGGUGAGAAGCCCUUCACCUGCCACGAGUGCGGGAAGAGCUUCCGGGUGGGAUCGGCUCUCAACAGGCAUCACCGGGUCCACACGGGUGAGAAACCCUACGAGUGUUCGGAAUGCGGGAAGCGUUUCCGGCUCACCUCCACCCUCAGCACCCAUCGGAAGACCCACACCGGAGACAAACCCUACGUCUGCCUCGUUUGCGGGAAGACCUUUCGGUUGAGCGCGUAUCUCCUGGCCCACGAGGCCACCCAUAAAGAGGACAACCCUUUCCGGUGUCUGGCGUGCGGGAAGAGCUUCAGCUUGAGGAGGUAUCUGGUCAUACAUCAACGGAUCCAUACGGGAGAGAAGUCCUUCAAGUGCUCGGUGUGCGGGAAGGGCUUCAACCGGAGAUCGGUCCUCGUCGUUCACCAGCGGGUCCACACCGGAGAGAAACCCUACAAAUGUCCCGAAUGCGGGAAGAGCUUCAUCAUGAGUUCGGAUCUUCUCGCCCAUCGGAGAAUCCACACCGGGGAGAAACCUUACAGCUGUCAGGACUGCGAGAAGACCUUCCGGUUGAGUUCCCACCUUACGAGACACCAGCGAAGUCACAGCGGAGAGAGACCCUACAAAUGUCCAGAUUGCGGGCAAAGCUACACGGACAGCUCUGGCCUCAUCAAACAUAAGAAGAUCCACCUGGAGAAGAAGCAGAGGACAUCUCAGGGAGCCCACCUGGGAGAAGGCCGUUACAAAUGUCCCUAUUGUAGUAAGAGCUUCCAUGGAAAGUCAGCUCUGGUCCUUCACCGGGCCACCCACGUCGGAGAACGACCCUAUAGGUGCUCCAAGUGCCAGAAGACCUUUGGCCAUAGCGCGACCCUGCUGAAACAUCAACGGAUCCACACCGGGGAGAGACCCUUCAAGUGUCCCCACUGUGAGAAGAGUUACAACGACGGCUCGACCCUUCGGAGACACCGGAAGAGCCACGUGGAGGAGAAACCCUAUGAGUGUCCCAGUUGUGGAGAAUGUUUCGGGGCCAUCGCGGCUCUCCUGAAGCAUCAACG